AUGCUACACCAGAAAUACUACAAGGAGUAUGGACUGGCCAUUGAAGGCCUUACCCGCCACCACAAGAUCGACCCGCUUGCCUUCAACUACGAGGUUGAUGAUGCUCUACCUCUUGACAAUAUCCUCAAGCCUGAUCCCAAGCUGCGCAAACUGUUGGAAACCCUGGACACAACAAAGGUGAAACCAUGGCUGCUCACGAACGCAUAUAUUAACCACGCAAAGCGUGUGGUGAAGUUACUCGGUAUUGAGGAUCUGUUCGAAGGUAUUACCUAUUGUGACUAUGGAAUCUUGCCCUUGGUGUGCAAGCCUGGUCAGGACAUGUACGCCAAAGCAGAGAAGGAAGCUGGUGCUCCAAGCACGGAUCAGUGCUAUUUUGUUGGUAUGUCACCCUCCACUGCAUGUCUGGACCUUUUGAACUCUUCAUGCUAA